AUGUCCAUCCACGCAGCAGCUGACCUCUCGGACGCUGCGUUAGGCGGUCCAAUUCGUAUCAAGGACGAGUAUUUCGUCGACAACUACAACCGCGUCCUCUCCCUUCGCGGCCUAAACAUCUCGGGUGCUUCUAAACUACCCACUGAGCCAAACGGCCUGUCUCACCUGGAUCAUGGCUUCUAUGAGAACCAUCGCAUCGUCACUUUUGUGGGAAGACCUUUUCCAUUGGAAGAUGCGCCGCUGCACUUUCGCCGUCUGCAGACUUGGGGUGUGCCCUUUGUGAGAUUGCUCGUUACCUGGGAGUCAAUUGGCCAUGCUGGACCAGACCCUGAGGACCUGGAUACAGAGUACAUCGACUACCUGCGCCAAUUGAUUGAGCUCAUGCCUGAGUAUGGUAUUAAGUGCUUUGUUUGUGCGCAUCAAGAUGUUUGGAGUCGGUACAGUGGUGGAAGCGGUGCACCUGGCUGGACGUUUGAAGUUGUAGGUCUCGACAUCGAGGCCUUCACCGACACAGGCGCUGCCUACGUCCACAGUCAAGAUGAGAAGAAACGGGCGAGUGAACCACCAAAUCCAAAAGAACCAGGUGGUCCAUUCUUGUGGCCCUCAGGCUACCAGAAGCUCGCUGCGUCGACAAUGGCUACUCUCUUUUGGGCUGGUGAUGCUUUAGCUCCCAAUCUCAAAUGUCGUCGCAAAAGGGACGCCGGCGAUGAAGUAUCAGCACAACAAUUCCUCCAAGACGCCUGCGUUGAAGCCUUCGGUCGCCUAGCAGAUGAAGUCAGCCAUCUCGAAGCAUGCAUUGGCUUUGAACCUAUGAAUGAACCCCAUCGCGGCCUCGUCAACCUUCAUCAUUUUCACUUCUGGAACUACGACACCGAUUUACACAUCGGCCACUGCCCGUCCCUCGCACAAGCUCUCGCCCUUGGAAGUGGCUAUGCCCAAGAUGUCGAUUACUAUGUCAAAUCAUGGCCAUGGCCAACUCGUGUAUCCCACAAGUCUCGUAUUGACCCCAAAGGUCGCUCUGCAUGGUUGUCCCUCAAAGACCAACCUAUCGGCCACGGUCGGGGAAUGGGUGAAUGCCUGUGGCGCGCCCAUGGCGUCUGGGAGUGGGACGAAAAGAAGAAGACAGCACGUAUUCGCGACGAUGAUUACUUUGAAGUUGAUCACCGACCAGGUCGUGAGGGAAAGCCUAUUGAGUGGUACAACGACUGCUAUGCGCCUUUUCUGCAGAAGUUUACGGAGCGUGUGUCGCGCAAGAAGACGAAGCAGUUUAGCUUCAUUGAACCGAUCCCCAAUGAGUUCAUACCGCCGUGGCCGACGCAGGAUCCUGAUAACAAGAAAUGGCUUCGGCAGAAGUAUGCUGAGAAGGAAGUGAUCAAGAUUCCACGCCCACAGAACUUUGUGUAUGCGCCUCAUUUCUACGAUCUCAAUGUCCUUUUUAACAAGAGUCAUUCCUGGAUGAGCGUCAAUGUCCAAGGUCUCACGCGAGGCAUGUUUGUCCUCAACGCGCUCUACUUUGGCGUCGCAGGACUUCGACACAACUACAGAAGGCAGCUUGGCAACAUUGUCAAGUACGGAAAGCAAUCCUUGGGUAAAGUUCCCAUGGUUAUUGGCGAGAUUGGCCUCUCGUACGACAUCAACAAGGCAGAAGCUUUCCGCACAGGGUGCUACGACACGCAACGCCAUUUGAUGAACGGCUUGAUCUCCGCCAUGGAGGACAACAAGCUCAACUACACACUGUGGAACUAUAACCCAAAUAACAGAGUUGAGUACGGUGACGGGUGGAACAAUGAGGAUUUCUCUGUCAUCAAUGGCGACGAGCUCAGCGAGAAUGGCCCCGUACGACCUGACUACCGGAAUCAUCUCCACGAGCAUGACGAGCUUUACAAAGGUGGUCGUAUCCUCGACGUUAUCAUCAGACCAUAUGCUGUGAAGACAGCCGGCAUUCCUAAAAAGUCCAACUGGAACCAUAAAUCACUACGCUUCGAAUAUGAGUGGACCAGCACAGCGACCAAAGAACCUGCCGAUGACAAGGCACACCUCACUGAGAUUUUCAUCCCGGGGUAUCACUACGACGCACACAAGUUACGUGUCCACGGAACCAACGUAGAAUGGACGUAUGACAAGCCUCGUCAGACGCUAUACGUGCGCAGUAGUUUGGCUGGGUACCACAGCAUUAUCGUGGCUAUCGAGAAUGAGGCACAUCAUCUUCUUGAAAGGGGACGACGACGAAGGGAGCUGUAUCCUCCCCAAUUCCCUUUCAACUUGGUUUCUCCAGGUGUUGAGGACUUGAUAGAGGAUGUUGACUGGUCUAAAAUGAUUGCGUACUUGCCGGUUGUUAUUGUUCUUUUGAUUGCUUUUUUCAUGAGGCCUUUGACGUGGUUUCUUUAG